AUGUCCUCUUCCCCGUUACCUAUGGUGUCUCCUGUGUUGCGGGAAACCGCUAACCUCAAGAUCGAGGAACUCAAACGCUUCAGCGAACACUUUACGAAGAACAUCAUCUCCGACCUCAACAAGGACUACGAUCAACAUGAGGCAAGGGAUGCUAUCUUGGCGCGGCUCGCGACCCUGUUCGACCGCGUCGAGGCAUACGAACCCCAAGGCAUCGUGGACGACGAGUUCGCUAUGUGGAUUCGACGUAUCGAACAAGCGCAAUACGACAGGUCCAUUACCUCCGAGAAACUUGUUUCUAUGGAGAAGGCCUUUCACCAGAAGCUCGAGAAAUUCGCGAACCGCCUGGCCAUGUCUGAGUUUCAUGUUGCCUUGGUGGAGCAUGCUCUCCAUACUCCAGACGUUCUCACAGAUAUCGGAGCUAUAUUGGACAAGGUCGUUCUCGAUGAUGAGUUUGAGUUAAUUGAAGAGGAAGUAGACAGUGUCUAUACCGCGUUUGAGCAACACGCGUUCAAGAAGAGAGACCUCGACGACAAGGCAAUCAAUGACUACCUCGGCCGCCUCUUUGAAGACGCUGUUGGUGACGUACAACUUCAGAAACUUCGACGACAAAUGGAAAACUAUGGAGAAGAUCUGUUGUUUGGCGAAGACAAGCUCAACGUGGAACUUGUGGAAUGGUGCGUUGAAGACUUACACGGGAACGGACUUCUGAGCGCAGAGAAAAGAUCCACGCUUCAGGGCUACUUACAAUCCGAAGCCGCAAUGCGCGAGCUCACCGAGAUACUCAAUGCGAAGUCUAUACGUCAUUGGAACUGGCGCAACGGAGAUGAAGGGUUACUUGUUACAGCUAAGAAGAACGCGGAUGGCAAGUACUGCAUCAUUGUCGAGGAGGACAUCAUAGACAUGCUCUUCCUCCACGCUUUAGCAGUUCGAUGGAGUAUGGAAGUGAAGGAAGCUUUGAAAGGGCUGACCUCAACUCGAGCUGAGACUAACGACGUCACUUCCGAGGAGCUUGAAAAGCGCGAGACCUCGGCCUCCUCAGUCUACUUCUUGCACUACAUGCCAUCCUCAUAUGCGUUCAAGCCACUCGAGGGAUUAUUCGAUGCCUCCGCCCCCGCCUCCACAACCAACAAGCAAAGACGCAAGGCUGUGCUGCCCCCUGUACCCCGCUUCAAUAGCUGCAUGCCGCGAAGCAAAAAGGCCCGCCGUAGCCUUCGUGUCCCUCUGCCGCCGCCUCUACCAUAUGACUCUAGUAUGAGUGUGGAUGAGGAACGCGGCAGGGUUUACAUGCAGAAGUUCUUGCUGUCUAGAAUACCAAAGUCUGAGGGAUGUUCGGCAGAAAAAGCAAGCGAUGCGGAGACAAAAGCUGCCCUGUUCAAGAUGCUCGCUCUAGAUAUCAAGACUCGUGAAGCAUUUGACGGCAGCGUUCACGGGCUCACCGCGAACUUUCGAUCGUUCGCUUCUUCCAUGGCACAUGAAACCAUACUGGCGGUGCUCGGGUUUAUUGGCAUAUCAGAGGAGUGGCUCGGCAUCUUCAAGCGCUUCCUGAGUGCACCCCUCAAUAUGGGUCCCGUCGUUCGCGGUACCUCGGACCAGGUGCGCACGCGCACUUCGGGUAUGCCGAUUGCUCACGGCUUCGAGACUUUCUUUGGGGAAGCAGUGCUGUUCUGCCUUGAUUUGGCUGUCUCAUCUAGGACGAGCUCGGAGAAGACGACUCCCUACCUGCUCCGCCUGCGUGAUGAAUGCUACUUUGUUGGCAAGCAUCAGCAGUGCGAAGAAGCACAAGAACAGAUCGAGACUUUCGCCAAGGUCAUGGGUCUGGAUGUCGGUGUGAAGGAUUUAUUCCCACCCGCAUCUGGUCCCGGCGUAACCAUUGAGUAUAUUACUUUUCAUCGCAACGAUGCCGAUGCCUCUGAAAGGCCGAACAAGGUUACAAUUUCCGUCAACAUGGCUGAGGUCUCUCGCGAUGCUCGCCGUGUCAAGAACAUACUCGCAUCUUGCCCCACAGUGUUCGCAUGGGUCACCGUUUGGAAUCGCUCCAUUGGCGCCUAUGGAUCGCAUGGUUUCGGUCCGCUCGCCAACGUCUUCGGCAAAUCACACCUGGAAGCCGUCACGAGGGCUUACAACCUCGCCUACGAGACAAUCUUCGAAGACAGCAACUUGACGGAGCAUUUAAAGAAGCUGCUACCAUGUGCCUUACCGCUCGGAGACUCAACGUUCACCCUCGAAGCAUGGAUCCAUCUCCCCGUCGCCUACGGUGGCCUCGGCGUCAAGAACCCUUACGCCACCCUCAACUAUGCGCGCCACAUGCUGACUGACCCCGACGCCGCCCUUACGGACUACCUCGAUAGCGAGCAGAAAUACUACGAGCACACCGGCAAGACGUUCGCCAAGCUCACCACCAAACAGAGGGAGGAUAAGCUAAAGGGCAUCUUCGACGGCGACGAAGAACGCAUCGCUUCCGUCUUUGGGCCAGACUGGACGACAAGCACGGUUACGUUUCCCAGCCUGCAAGACCUGACUGCGCGCCGCGAACGCCUUUCUACCCUCUUCGACCUGAGAAGCGUUUUCGAAAACCCUUUCGCCAGACACAGUCAAUACCCCUUCAGCUACGACUCCCCUACCCUACCACCUCCUUCUCCUUCCCCGCCAUCCCUCCUUGACACCUACCGCAUGCUCGCCAGCCCUGCCCCGCCCAGUCAUUUCAGCGCUAGUGACCGCGUGCUGGACGAUGUGUACCGCUUAGCUGGGAAGCUGGAUAUGACGCGCUGGGAGAGGAUGUGUGCUGAGGAUAAGUGGGCGGUGGGAUUGUAUGGGGAUGAGUGCUUUGGGGCGUUUGGAGGGCUGGAGGUAUGGUGGGGGAGGGGUGCCCAGGGGGUGCUGAGGGUUGUUAGGGGAGGUGCGGGAGGGGAGGGAGAGGGGAUGGGGGAGUAG